CUCUCCCUCUGGCUCUCAAACACUCCAUGCUUUCAGGGCCUGAUCUGGUGCAGAAAAUAUCCCCUGACAUUUGCUCAGUGCCAGGGCAGCAGUGAGCAUGCUCGGGGGCCUCCCCGGAGGAGGAGGAAGCCAGCCCCCGCCGGCCUCAUUCCAGGCAUAGCCUGCAUGUCAGCCCAGUGAGCCGCCGGCCACACUGCUUUGUCCCGGGAGAUGAGCGGCCCCCUGGACUCCCUCCUCGCAGCCCCCCGCCCACUUCCCGGGGAGCCCCACUCCUGAGGGGCUGGCCCUUCCCAGGCCCCUCCACACGCCCUGCCCCGCUCCACCCGGCCAGCCUUGCCCGCCUGCCGGCCACCUCGCCCACCUCGCCCGCUGGGCUGGACCCUGCGGAGGCCCGGAGCACUCCAGGGAGCACUGCCCCCAGCCCGCCACUCAGUGGCCUUUUUAUUUGGGGAGGGGGGGGGCAAAGGCUCUCGGCUGGCUUUCCAGGCCUAUAAAUGCUCUUGAUGAAGAUGGACCUUUUGAACUUCCAGUACCUGGACAAGAUGAACAACAACAUUGGCAUCCUAUGCUACGAAGGUGAGGCGGCCCUCCGUGAGCCCAGGAUGCAGAGCCUGCCGGUGGCCUCGGCCCUGAGCGGCCACCGCACCGGUCCCCCACCCACCAGCCCCAGCAAGCGCAAGUUCGGCCUGGAGCCUGAGGACCUGGACUCUGACAGCGGCCACGCUGCCAAGAUGAGCCGCAUCUUCAGCCCUCACCUGAACAGGACAGCUAACGGGGACUGCAGGAAGGACCCCCGUGAGCACAGCCGCAGCCCCGUGGACAGAGCCGUGGCCCCCACUGUCAGCCUGCAUGGCGGCCACCUCUACGCCUCCCUGCCCGGCCUGGGCCUGGAGCAGCCCCUCGCCCUGACCAAGAACAGCCUGGACACCAGCCGGCCGCCGGGCACGGCGCCCUCGCUGACCCCGGCUGAGAGGCAGCAGAACCGGCCCUCAGUGAUCACAUGCGCUUCUGCCAGCAGCCACAGCUGCAACCUGUCUCACUGCCCUGCGACGCACAGUGGUUGUGGGCCCAGCCUGGCCAGCUACCGCAGGGCCCCGAUAGCCUCGUCCGCCGCCUCCUGCGACCCGGUGGUGGAGGAACACUUCCGCCGGAGCUUGGGCAAGAACUACAAGGAGCCGGAGCCAGCAGCCAACUCCGUGUCCAUCACGGGCUCAGUGGACGAGCAUUUUGCCAAGGCCCUGGGUGACACGUGGCUGCAGAUCAAGGCGGCCAAGGACGGGGCGGGGGGCAGCCCCGAGCCCGCCUCCCGCCGGGGUGCCCAGCCCUCCAGCCCCUCUGCCCACAUGGUCAGCCAUGGCCACUCCCCCUCUGUGGUGUCCUGAGGCCCCUGGCGGCCGGUGCUUCCCAGUCAGUGCUGAGAGACGGGGAAACACGCGGGGCCCGGGGCAGGGGUGCGGCUCCCCCCCCCCCCCCCCCCGCCUCCCACUUUGGCUACCAAAGAAACGCCCGGACAGGUCCCCCUCGGGGACGCCGCCGACCCCGCCAGCACUGGUGUCUGAUUUGCACUAUUGGUGUUCGGGGCCCUCCGCGAUUCCCAUCCUGUGGGUUGCAGGCCUCUCUCUAGAUUUCAGGUGCUUUUGCGACUGGUCUGCAGCCCCUUGGGCAUCAUGAGAACUUUCUCUCCAAACAAGGCGGCUGGGGGGUCUGGGGGGUGGGGCUUGCUGUGCGAUGCGUUUUAACAGGAACAAAAAUAGCUGGUUUCUAUUAACUGCAAAGUCGGGGGCUCACUCGGGCUCAGCCCCACACCCCGUUACUGCUGGUUCAGUUUUGCUCUGAGGUUCGCUUGUGGGGGGCGCCCCCGGCCCCCCAGACGUGCAGGACACCGUGGUCUGUGCUGGGCGCGCCGUCUGCCUCCCCAUCUGCUGAUGACUUGCUCCUCGGGGUGGGGGGGCAUGUCCGCCUGUCUCCUCAGCACCCCCACCCCCAAUCUGUGACGGGGCACUGAAUGCUUCCUCGUACCCGGGGCCAAGGGGGCAGACAUUCCUCUGAAUGCACGGCUCACGCCUUAUUAGCGUCUGCUGGUGUGUUUUUGUUUGUUUUUUUGGUCAUGCUCCCCCCUACAUUCCAAACCCCCCCCCCUCAGCAGGCCGGGUGCCCCCACCCCCUCCCCACAAGAGGCUGACUCCCUGCCGGCCCCACAAGUCAUGCGAACACUUUUUCCAUAGUAACUUUUCAGACCAUCGUUACGCUGCGCGUAAGGACUGUACAGAGAAAUUUGUAGGUAUUUUUUGAAGAACAAUUAAUUCGUUAAUGAUGUGUAGCUAUUUAAUUUCGCCCUUUCCUAUUGUAAUCAUUCAUUUUUUGUUCGAAAAAAAAAGUUGAUCUUUUUUUUUGUUUUUCCCCUUUUCCUUGUCUGUAGACAGUGCGGCCCAUGGCCACCUUGUGGGGGCCCUGUGUCAUGGCUACCCCUCGGGGAUGCUGUGUCUGCCUUAAUAGCCACUAGUCUGUUCACGGCUGCAGGCGGGCUCUGCACAGGACAGCUGGGGGUGGGAGGCGUGGCCCGGCCUAUCUGGGAUAGGGAGGGGGUCCCCAGGAGGGGCCUCCGGCACCCAACAUGUCACUGGGACGGGGUGCCCACUCCCACCAUACUCUCUGUGUUUGUAAAUCUGUAAUAUACCAUUCUCUGUGGCCUGUUUUUCCUGGAAGAAGAAGAAAGAAAAAAAAAAAAAGGUUUGGCAGGCCAUCUCUUUUUUUGUACUUAAAGUAGCCUUAAGAACAAUAAUAAAGUGCUCUUAAACCACG